AUGUCGUCUUUUGGUCGUUUCUUCACCGUUACCACGUAUGGGGAAUCGCACUGCAAGUCUGUGGGGUGCAUUGUGGAUGGUGUUCCUCCAGGAAUGAGUCUUACAGAGGAAGACAUCCAGCCUCAGCUGAGCAGGAGAAGACCAGGCCAAUCGAAACUAUCAACGCCUAGAAACGAAAAGGACAAGGUCAUGAUCCAGUCCGGUACUGAAUUUGGAAAAACGCUCGGAACCCCUAUUGGAAUGUAUGUGUUGAACGAGGAUCAAAGACCCCACGACUACAACGAGAUGGAUUUGUACCCAAGACCAUCGCACGCGGAUUUCACAUACUUGGAAAAAUAUGGAGUGAAGUCGUCUUCCGGUGGUGGUCGCUCCUCUGCUAGAGAAACCAUUGGCCGUGUUGCUGCCGGUGCCAUUGCUGAGAAAUUUUUGAAACAGGUUUCGAACGUCGAAAUUGUUGCAUUCGUGACUCAGAUCGGCUCCAUCAAGAUGAAUCGCGACCCAUUGAAUGCCAAAUUCCAGCACGUUUUGAACACCAUCACCAGGGAGAAAGUCGAUAGCAUGGGUCCUGUAAGGUGUCCUGACACUUCUGUCGCUGAAGACAUGGUGCACGAAAUCGAAAAAUAUAGAGGCAAUAAAGACUCCAUCGGCGGUGUGGUCACCUGUGUCAUAAGAAACGUUCCAGUGGGACUAGGGGAACCUUGUUUCGACAAGUUGGAGGCCUUGCUCGCCCAUGCCAUGCUCUCCAUUCCAGCCUCAAAGGGUUUCGAGAUUGGUUCUGGUUUCGAGGGUGUGCAGCUGCCCGGCUCCCAGCACAACGACCCUUUCUACUUUGACGAGGAAUCCAAGAGGCUACGUACCAAGACCAACAACUCCGGUGGUACUCAAGGUGGUAUUUCCAACGGUGAACACAUCUACUUCUCCGUACCUUUCAAGUCCGCCGCUACAAUUUCCCAAGAACAAAAUACUGCCACCUACGACGGUGAGCACGGUGUUCUGGCCGCCAAGGGUAGACACGAUCCUUCCGUUACACCCAGAGCCGUCCCCAUCGUCGAGGCUAUGGCUGCUCUUGUGCUCGCAGAUGCUGUGUUGGUCCAGAAGGCACGUGAGUUCGGCAAGAACAUUGUGAGUUGA